UUGACGAAGUUUCGCCUCGGUAGUAUAAAACCCAUCACCCCGGUGACACUGCGGUGAACCUGCGGCUGGAAUCAGUGCCUGGCGGCUUUCGGUGGCAUUAAAUCACUCUGUGAUUCGCUGUUCUCACUCUGACACUACGGACGCAAAGUUUGCCUCUUAUUUUUUUUAAGUUUUUAUAGUUUUUAUCGAGCCGGCAGCGACUACUUCCCGAUGGCUCGGAUGUGUGCCCGGUGCUAGCGUUAGCUUAGCGUCAGCCGUUAGCGUCGCUAAUGGAGAAAGACGGUGAUGGAGCCUCUUGUGAGGUGUCGACCGUCUCCGCUGAGACUCCGAGAAGCUCGAACCCAGAGCUGAGGAAACUGUUGUCUCUAAAGGUUUACAAGAGGAGAUGGUUUGUUCUGCUGGUGCUGUGUCUGUUAAACUGCUCUAACGCUACGAUUUGGCUGACUUUUGCACCAGUAGCGUACCAGUCUGCCCAGUACCUGGGGGUCUCUUUGGAGGAUAUCAACUGGUUGUCGCUGGUCUACAUGGUGGUGGCCAUACCCCUCAGUUUUGGGACUACAUGGAUGCUGGACACGCUGGGACUGCGGAUCACGCUGAUUGUGGGAUCCUGGCUGAACAUGAUUGGGGCUGUGCUGCGAUUUGUGGGCAAACCAGUCAACGUGGGUUCUAAACUCCUCUACCCAGUAGUGAUGUUGGGUCAGACCUUUGGGGCUUUGGCUCAGCCCCUCAUCGUUUUUACCCCCACAAAGUUGGCAGCACACUGGUUUCCUGAUAAUCAGCGGGCCACAGCGAACAUGAUCACCUCAAUGUGCAACCCCCUGGGCCUCCUAUUCGCUAACAUCAUUUCUCCCAGAGUGGCUCAAACGUCUGAACAAAUUCCAGCCCUGAUGCUGGUCUAUGCCAUCCCAGCGUGCAUCAUCUGUUUCCUAGCAACAGUGGGGAUACGGAGCAGCACCCCCCCUACACCACCAUCAGCCAGUGCAGAGUCCUCGGGCUCCGAGCCGUUCGUACAGGGAAUAAAACUGCUGCUGAGGAACAAAGCCUACCUCAUCCUACUGCUGUGCUUCGGCUCAGGCGUCGCUGUGUUCACCUGCUUCACCGCGCUACUGGAGCAGAUUCUCUGUGUGCAGGGCUACACUAACGACUUCGCAGGCUUAUGCGGCGCUCUCUUCAUCGUGUUCGGCAUCGUCGGAGCCUGCGCUCUGGGCCUCUACGUCGACAAGACCAAGAACUUCACGGAAGCCAUAAAGGUCAACAUGAGCUUCACCGCUCUGGCGUGCAUCGCUUUCUCUGUGGUUUCUCUGAUGAGGCAGCAGAAGGUAGCCAUCGCUGCCAUCUGCUCGCUCCUCGGUUUUUUUGGUUUCUCCAUCUACCCAGCGGCCAUGGAGCUUUCAGUGGAGUGUACGUAUCCGGUCGGAGAGGCCACAUCAGCUGGACUCAUCUUCAUAUCAGGGCAGAUCCAGUCAGUUGUUUACAUGGUCCUCUUGCAGGUUUUGAGCGUGCGUCUCGCAGACUCUCCUCUGUUGACCUGCGGAGAUGUCGUCUUCAGCUGGAAAGUGUCCACUCUAGUGAUGGCAGGUGUGUUUAGUGUGUUCACCUGCUGCUUCGUCCUUUUCUUCCACACGCGGUACAGACGAUUGGAGGCUGAAGAACAAGCGACUCACAGGAGCCAGUCAGUCGACGGCUCGUCCAGUAACCAGUACAUGCCAACGUGAACCUGCUAAAAUCACAGGUGUGAUCUUGGCGAUCGUUUUUCUUUUGUAACCUCAGAUUAUCAAGUGGGAUCAAUUUUUUUACAGAUUUCUAUGUGCCUUUAUCUCAAAUGUAACAUGUCAUCUUCAGGUAUUUUACAAGGGUACAGCCACACUUUGUGUCCAUGUACUGUAACUGACUUCAAAACGCAUUACUGCAAUGUUUAUAUGCACAAAGCCAAAGUAAUGAAAGCAGGGGAAAUUUAAGUGUCCAGCCAUUGUCCCAAUAAUAUAAAGAUAUGUCCUUACAGAUUGUGUAUUACUAUUACUUGGUUUUGAAUUAAAAGUUUAAAUUCAAACAAGCUAAUGACAAAAUGAAUUGCUCUAUUCACACAGUGUGAUCAAGUGAGAACAAACAGUUGAAGCAUCACUGUGCUGAAAGUCAAAUGUAGUUUGUAAUUUCAGGUUUCACCACCUGAUGCACAUGAAAGCAGAUGUGUUGUUGCCAUGUUUAUGUGCCAGAUUUGUUCAUGUUACUUGAUCACAUAAACCGUGGUACAACUCAGAAGAGCUGGACUGAUGAUGUAACGACUGAAACCAAAACGUCAUGUUUUCUAAUGAACUGAAUUUUAACUACAGCCAACUAUGUGCCACUAUCUCUAUUGUUAAAGUAUGUUAGUGUUAACUAUGUAUUUGUAGCAUUAAUGAUAAAAGGUGCUACUGAACUCUGGCAUCAAGCUUUGGAUUUUGUGCAAUAAAGUUCUGACUGUG